UUGAACUUAGACAUGAAGACAUUUUGACCAAAGCAUUUAGCAGGAAAUGACGAUGUUUUGAUCACAAAAAAAGCAAACAUGACAUUGUUAGACAAAAGACCCGGCCGACUCUGGUUGUGUCUAUUUGUCCUCGCAGUCAGCCCUAUAAUUGUGACGUCAUUCGUGAACUAUGAACCUGGCUAUGAAUAUAUUUACAACAUUGACUCAGCUAUAGAACUUUCAGGAGUACAGUCAUUUGUUUGUAAAGGAAAGAUUGGAUUCACAAACAUAGCAGAAAAUGAGGGAUAUCAAGAAUUGUUACUGUCUGUGUACUUGCUGAAGUUUAGUCCAGAAGGUCAACCAGAAGGUGACAGUCAUCAUGAAGACUUUUCAAAAUGGUUUUCAUUUGAAAUAAACCGCAAUGGGGAAAUUCGGACAGUUUAUCAUCCCCCGGAUGAAGACAGUGAGGUUCUGAUGAUGAAGAAAGGGUUUGCUAGCAUGAUUUCUGCCAAACUACACCAUCGUCACGAGGUUGAACACCAUGUUGGCAAGGAUGGACAAUGGGAAUAUGCAACUGACGAAAUAGGCAGAGAGGGCCAACACCGUGCUUCUUAUGCAGUAAAGGCAACACCGACAGGGGUUAUGUACAUAAAAACCAGAAAUUCCACAAUCAAACAUGCAUUAGAUGGAAAUGGAACAUAUCUAAAGACGUUGCAUUAUCAUAAAAGCCUGAAUACCAUCCAUAGUGUGAUGAUCAAAGAAGAGCGCAACUUACACUUCUCAGCAAAACCCGGGUUUAAUCCACUCUACGGGAUGAGACCUGUUAAAGCUGUGUCUAAUUUUUCGAAAAUCGAAUUUCCACAAACCACAGCAAAAUCAAACGACAAAAUGACGUUUGCAGAGAAAACUCCAUUUACCCGCCAAUUUGGAAGACCGAAAGGAAUAAAAAACAGCGCCAUUCACGAUAUGCAUAAGAUAAAGAAACGAGCUAUGUACGAAGCAAGAAGUGAAGAGGCGAGAAAUUAUGUUGCAGGAAACAUGACUUGCAUAAGGAAUCAACCAGAAAAAGGUUCCCCUGAACUGAGCGACUGUUUUCACGAUUUGCUCACUACUUUCGAACACAUGCAUGAUUCAGACGUUGAGGAAAUAGCUAACACAUAUUUCCUACGCACGUCGAGGAAAAAAAGACAUGAUACAUAUAUAAUGGUAGAUGUAUUCGUUGCAUUAAACAAACAAAGUGUUAUUGUGAACAAAGUCCUUAACAAUCUCCAAAGUGACGAGCAAUUGAUUAUGAGGGCUUUAACAUUACUAACUGCCCUAGACCAUGAGCCAAAAACGGAACUUCUUACAACGAUCGAGAAGUUUUGUUUUAAAGGCAAGAGAGCAGAAAAUGUACGCUUGUCAAAAGAGACAAGGCAAGUGUCCUGUCUGACUUUUGGAGGUUUAAUUGGUAGUGUCAAGAAAUACGGGAAAGAGGGACACGCUGAAAAGCUUGUCGAGUACUUCCAUAAUGAACUGGGAUUACAUGAUCCGUGGAUGUUCAAGACAAAAAGGUCAGCAAUGACAGAGGUGGAAUGUAUUGAGUAUGACCACGAUAAAGUCGUUUUACUGAAUGCUAUUGGAAACGCCGGUUUAUCUGUAUCGUACGAUUACAUCAUAUCGCAUAUCAAUUCAACAAACUCCCAAUGGAUUAAACGUACAGGAGUACAUGCCCUCAGAACUUUUCAAGAUAAGAAGACACUUCAUGAGCUAGAGAAAGUUGCUCUGUACGAUGACGAUGAGAACGUUCGUUAUGAAGCUCUCCUACAAUACAAAGCCCACCCGUUAGCUUCACAAGAAAGCUAUGUUGAUGAAGAUGGUUUUUCACACCAAGGAAUAUCUAAACGAGGACUCUUUGACAAUUUCCUUUCAUUUAGGCUUGAAGCUCCAGGUGUAGACUGGCGAAAAGAAUUAGGUUCGAGAGCGAUUGGUGGUUCAUUCGGAGUCAUAAUGGAAAAUCUACUGGAUUUGCAAAUGUCAUUGCUAAAAGGCCAUAUUGAUCUGCGAGUGCAUGAUGAAGCCUAUGUUUCAGUUCAUGUUGGAUUUCUUGACCUUCGUUAUGACUUUUUCAGAGCCCGAAUAUGUUUUAAAGGAGGUGCGAAAUAUGCGCUGAAUAUAUUAAAGGAAAUGGAUCCUGAACUUGGGUUUGAUCUCAUAGCCCAAUUCAAAAAUAUUGUAAACAAAGUUGUCGGUGCUGUGAGAAAUGGAGUUGAAGCAUUAAGAAAAAUACUGUCAGAUUCACUGGCAGAAAUUGUGGAUGACCUAGUUAAAUCAGUGACAGAAAUACCAGUAAAGGUGUCGGAUCUCGGUGGGAAUAUACAAAGAGUAAUGGGAAAGCUAGCAACUUUUAAGAUAGAGAGCAUGCCUCCAUUUGCUAAAUCUGUGAUGAAAUUUGUAAACAGUGUAACAAGCCUAUAUGAUAGAGUUAAGGAAGAUGUCCUGAAAUUUUAUAAUGCAGUUGUUCAAGGUAUUAAAGUGUUAAUACCAAAAAGUGCAAAGGAAAUAUUUGUUUCAGUUCAAGAUAUUAUUAAAGGCUUUAUGGACAUCUUUAAAGAUCCCAAAACGUCUCUUUUUAAAAUUGGAGCAGGGGUUAUACGUAUCUACACGAACAUCAAACUUUUAAAUGGGACAAUACAAGAGAUAAAGAGUCACACAUUCAUCAGUGAAGGCUUAGGUCCAUACUGGGGAGAUUUGACUAAAGACGUAGAGGAAAUUUUUGAUCUGUAUGAGGAUGCAUUAUCUGCAAUUAAAGAAAAAGGUGGUGAAUGGAUAAAAGAAACAAUUGAGAACGACAUUGCUGAAAAGAUAACAGCGGGAAAAGUUUCGAUUAAAUCUAUUAAAGAGAAAAUCGUAGCUGACUUGGAAAGUGAAAUUCAAACAUUGAUAUCACCUUUGGAGUAUCUAACUAAUAUAGGCGGAGUUUAUCUAGAAAGUUUUGAUAUACUUGUCAAUUCCUAUAAAGAUCUAGUAGAUGCAUUCGAGACUUUGAAAACGGGAUUUGAGUAUGCAAGAUCAGUCGUUGAUCGAAUAUUUGGACCAAAAUUCCACAAGGAUUUCCCUCGGGAGAGACGUGUUCGUGGUGGUGGAUGCAGCAAAGACGGGUUUUAUCCCUCAAAACUAGGUACUGGGAAUAAUGCAGAUGAAUAUGAAAAUGAUGGAAUUGAUCUUUUAAACAGCACUGGGAAUCCGCUCGUCGCACCGUUUUCUGGUAUAGUUAUUCGCUCAAAGAACACGAACGAAAUUAUAAUGUUGGAAUGCGGUGAGUUGCCAGUCGAUUCCGAAUUGGUGAUAAAAAAUGUGGAGCCGGAAGAAGAUAUUAUGGAUCCCGAUGACCCGGCCUACGAUGAAAAAAGGGUGUCUGCCGGAGUAGUCAUUGGAAAAGUAGCGACAUCUCCUUGUAGCGACGAUUAUAAUCACAUACAUAUUUCAAUCAAACGGAACGGCGGAUUUGUUGAUCUCAGCAACUACGUCCCUGAAAGACUAGUUGAAUUGCCAAAAUGGAAACAAAUUUGUGAUGAUUAUCUUCUUGUAUACAAGGGCGAAACAAUAAAAAGUGGAGUAAUAGUUGGUCCCUGGGGUCGCGAUGAGGAAGAUACAUCUGAGGAUGUUCCAGUUGACGAAUCACUUCAGUCAGAGCCCAUGUCUGACGAUGACACAUUUGAUGAACACGUACGAGACAUAAAAGGUUGUCAAAAGCUAUUUGCAUAA